AUGCCACCAUUGAUCAGUUCAUCAUCUCUAAAUGGUGAUGAAUUGGAAGAACUUGAUCUCAAUGAAGAUUAUGCUGGUGGUGAAGUGUUUAAGAAUGGGAAUGAUGAUGAUUCGUCCCCAGAGCCAUUGCAUAAGGGAGCUUCUUGGAUAUCAAUCUUGUUCUUUAUGUUUGCUGGCAAGUUGAUGAGUAUUGGCUUUAGAAGGGCUGGUGAGAAUUAUUUGAUGAAAAUGAUAAAGAACAUGUUGAAUCGUGUUGGAAUCUUUGGUCGAUUUGAGAUUAGAAAGGAGGAGGGAAUGAAUCAUGGGGAUAUUCCCAAGUUGGCCGAAAGUGAAAAGUCGAGCAAUCAUUGUGAAUUAUUCGAAAGAGAAUAUAGAGAAUUGUAUCGUGAGAGGGGCAAUUAUCGUGAAGAUGGAGGAUUUAGAAAGAAUUAUGGAGGUUUAUUGUUGAGAGUAAUUGAGAGAGUUUAUAGAAGAAGAGGAUUGUAUACAGUUCCUUUGUGGAGAGUUGCAGAAAUGAUAUGUUUGUACAUGUCACCACUCAUUCUCUAUAUUUUACUCGAGUCAAUCAAGGUUGAUGAGUAUGUGAAAAGUGCUAUACCAGCAGCCACUCAAUAUUUAAUUCCAACAUCUUCUUACGGAAUAUUGAGUAAUGACACUGUCAUUGCAUCCAAUUUCACAAUGAACAAUGAAACAAAUUGGUUUCAAGAAAACUUGCCACUCUCAAAUAUUUUCUUCCAGUUAACUUUGGUAAUUUUAUUAUUCACUUUCAACUCAAUGGCCUCAUUGUUUAAUCAUCAGUACUUUUUUGCAACUUCUAAAAUUUGGAUUCCACUCAUUGGAGCUCUUCAAGGUUCAAUCCUGCAAAAGUUGAAUAGAAUCAAGAGUGUGGAAAGAAGAAAAUUCAAAAGUGGUGAGUUGAACAAUCUAUUUGCCAUAGACACCAGAAGUGUAGCCAUGGAUGGUAUUGAUAUUCAUGAAGCUUGGUUAAUGCCAUUGACCUUAAUUGUUGGUAUUGUGUUGGUUUUCGUAUUUUUUGGAUAUAGCUCACUUGUUGGUGUUCUUGCAAUGAUUAUAUGUGGACCAGUUCUUCCAUUUUUGGGUAAAUAUCAAACUAGUUUUGCAGGCAAAGCUGCACAAUUCAGAGAUGAAAGAAUCAAACACAUGAGUGAAAUAUUGAAUGGUAUUAGAAUUGUUAAAUUUUAUGUUUUUGAAGAUAAGAUGAAAGAAAAGGUUAAUCAAGCAAGAGAAAAGGAAUAUUCACUCCUCCGAAAGUAUGUUACUGUAAUGAGUGGAUAUUGCUUUACUUCAUCCCUGAUGGCCAUUGUUGGAAGUGGAGCUACUUUUGUGACUUUCUACUAUGCAGGUGGAGAUUUGACUUUACCUAAAAUGUUUACUGGACUAGUGUUGUUUGGAACCUUUAGAUUACCAUUGUUGCAUUUACCUUGGGCCAUUUCAAACUUGGUUUUCGCCUAUGUGAGUGCCAAACGUAUUGGUAGAUUCUUGUUUAGUGAAGAUACUGUGAAAUUACCACAUGAUCAUGAAAAUAAGGCAAACUUGUGGGAAUAUGAUGAAGAACAAACUGAAUUUUCAUCCAUUAUGGAUAAUGACACUGCUAUUGAAUGUAAGGAUGCUUCCAUUGGAUGGUCAGAAGAGGAAGCUCCAACCCUCACUGAUUUAAAUUUGAAAAUUGAGAGAGGAAAGCUCUACUGUGUCAUUGGUAAUACUGGUAGUGGAAAAUCAACCUUAAUUUCCUCCAUUUAUGGUGAAUCUGUUGUAAAGAGCGGAAAAGUUAAAGUUAAUCCAUUGUGUAAUAUUUCACUCAGUGAUGAAACCCCAUGGUUGAUCAAUGCAUCUGUAAGGGAAAAUAUUGUCUUUGAUAAGAAUUUAACUUUUGACAGGGAAAGAUAUAAUAGAAUAUUGGAUGUUUGUCAAUUAAGAGAUGAUCUCAGUCGAUUCCCAAAUUAUGAUAAGACUGAAAUUGGUUUUUCUGGAAUUAAUCUUUCAGGAGGUCAAAAACAUAGAAUUAGUUUAGCCAGAGCUUGUUACAGUAAUUCUGAAAUUGUCUUGAUGGAUUCCACACUCAACUCAAUUGAUGCCAAAUUGUGUAGAAAGAUUUUCAAUGAAUGCAUUUGUGGAUUUUUGAAGGAUAGAACUAGAAUUCUCGUUACACAUUCACUUCAAUUAUUGGAAAUGGCUGAUGAAGUCAUUGUUUUUGAGAAUGGAAAGUUGAUUGCUAAAGGGUCUUUGAAGGAAAUUAAGAAUUCCUAUGACUUUUCCAAACUAAUCUCUGAAGAAAAGGAAGAAAUGGAACAUAGCAUUGGUGUAGAAGGAGCCAAAUCAAUAAGUGAAAUGAAACAAUUAACAUCACUUGAUAUUGGUGAAAAUCAAAUUGGUGAUGAAGGAGCCAAAUCAAUAAGUGAAAUGAAACAAUUAACAUCACUUACUAUUAGUGGAAAUAGCAUUGGUGAUGAAGGAGUAAAAUCAAUACGUAAAAUGAAACAACUAACAUCAUUUAAUAUAAGCUACAAUGAAACUGGUGUAGCAGGAGCCAAAUUUAUAAGUGAAAUGAAACAAUUAACAUCACUUGAUAUAAGCUACAAUGAAAUUGGUGAUGAAGGAGCCAAAUCAAUAAGUGAAUUGAAACAAUUAACAUCACUUACUAUUAGUGGAAAUAGCAUUGGUGUAGAAGGAGCCAAAUCAAUAAGUGAAAUGAAACAAUUAACAUUACUUGAUAUUGGUGAAAAUCAAAUUGGUGAUGAAGGAGCCAAAUCAAUAAGUGAAUUGAAACAAUUAAAGUCACUUACUAUUAGUGAAAAUCAAAUUGGUGAUGAAGGAGCCAAAUUUAUAAUUGGAAUGAAACAAUAUGGUUCCUUUAAAUUACGAUUAGUAAACCUAAUAUGGAUGUAG